CAAGAGCAUGUGUUUCUGUCUUCUUUGGUUGCUCUUAAUUAUAUCUAAAACUCUAAUACUUUCUCUUUAUAUAUAAAAUGCAACAAAGCUUAGAGCAUUCUUCAUCAUUCACCACUUUCAUUACUUCAGAGAUUUAUACUACAACACAACUUACAAUCCCUUUUUUGUUUGCUCUCUUUCUAUUAGUAAAGAUGAUCAACACUAAGAAACUACUCAAGAUGGCCAAGAAAUGGCAACAAAGAGCUGCCCUCAAGAGGAAAAGAAUCUCAUUCCAAAGAUCAACUACUACUACUACUACUACUACUACUACUACUAGCAGCUCAACUGCUGUGGAGAAGGGCUGUUUCGUGGUUUACACGGUUGAUAAAAUCCGCUUUGCUUUUCCGUUAAGUUACUUGAACAACUCUGUUUUCGAAGAGCUCUUGAAGAUAUCUGAAGAAGAGUUCGGCCUCAGGGCGGGUGGACCAAUCACGUUGCCGUUCGACUCGGUUUUCUUGGAGUAUCUCAUCAAAUUUAUCGAACGAAGAAUGGAUGGAGAUACAGAAAAAGCUCUUUUAAUGUCAAUCUCUAGUGCUAGAUGCUCUAUGCAACCACAAGAACAACAGAGUGGUUAUACCCAACAAUUACUUGUAUUUUAGAGAAUUAGAGUGUAGACAUUUUUUCCUCUGUAAAAAAUUAUACUGUAUUAGAUAGACAGAUCAUUUCAAAAAUACAAACUACUAUAUAUUUGUCUCUCUCUCACUCGUUUAGAUUGUCUCAUCUAAAUUUAACUUCAAUGUCACAUGUUCUCGCAGUUUCAGCCUAAGGUCUUAAGAACAAUCUUUGACCCAUUUCACUAAAACAUAUCUCCUUCUUUGAAGACAUAUAUACUCUGAUACUAUCUUUCAAGAAAAAU